AUUGUAUUACCCCCUCUAUCGCUUGGGGUCAUGCCUUUUAUUCAUCUCAGCGUGUUACUAUCCGGUUGGGACACGUUUUCCGUUCACUGACGCAGUCCAAGCGUGGAAUAUAUCUGGUGGAGGCGGUAGCAAGCAUCUGCAUUUAGAUCUGUAUCCGCCUCUGUACCUCAAAAAAAGUUACUUUCCCUCAGGGCUCCUCGAUAUCAUAUUUUACCAUCUUUCGCCAUCUUUUUUCUUUUCAUAGCGUGAUCUUGAAGUUGUGUCUCCAGGAUAAUCGCCAUCAUGCGCGAAAUAGACCCACUCAUAUUUGAAUACCAGCAUGAAAAGCAACGACCACGGGAAUCGGAAGCGUUAUUGAUUCUCCGGAAGGUCGCUUCGCUGGUAAAACCCAUCAUGCGACGACGAGACUGGAAAGUCGGCACGCUCUGUGAAUUUUAUCCCCAUCAGCGGAACCUGCUUGGGCUAAAUGUCAAUGCGGGCCAGAAGAUCUGUCUACGGCUGCGGUAUCCUUCUGAUCAGCGCCAGUUCUUACCUAUCGAGCAGGUGGUGGAUACCAUGCUUCAUGAGCUAUGUCAUAUCGUGCAUGGACCGCAUAACCAGCAGUUUCAUGCACUUUGGAACCAGCUACGUGAUGAGCAUGAAGAGCUUGUCAUGAAAGGCUACACAGGAGAAGGGUUCCUUUCUGAAGGGCGACGGUUAGGGGGACGGAAAAUGCCCGUCGAUGAGGCACGCCGGGUAGCCAGAGCAGCUGCGGAACAGAGACGGUCUCUAUCUGCUGGAUCUGGACGACGACUUGGGGGUGCACCUGUUCUGCGCGGGACUGACAUGCGUCGAGUCAUUGCGGAUGCUGCGCAGAGACGCAUAGAAGUGACGAAUGGUUGUGCCUCAGGCGCUGACAACAGUGCCGAACUUGCAGAGGAAGCCUCUAGGAAUGGCUUCCGAACUAAGGCGGAGGAAGACGAUGCUAAUGAGCGAGCUAUCAUGGAAGCGUAUAUUGAUCUGAUUGAACAGGGAGAGCGUGAGAGAUAUGGCCCCUCUUACAUUCCGCCGAGUCAUGAUAAUCCCGCUGGUCCGCGGACAACGCUCUCUCCGCCCCCUGUUCCGGAGAACAGCAGGCCGAGAGGGCCCUCGCAGCCUGCAGAGACUAUUGACCUUGUCUCAGAUGAUAAUCUGUACGAUAAGCCGUGGUCAUGUCCGACGUGCACGCUCGAAAAUCCAGCGAACUUUCUUUGCUGUGAUGCGUGUGCAUCAGAACGUCCGCGACCAACGACCACCAGGUCUGUUUCGGGCCCUCCUACUGCUACGGCCAGCUCGAGUCAGACAAAACCAGCAGUGAAUAAGAACAAGCGGUCGAUGAGUCCGUCGAGCAGGUACACGGGGUUCAAAAACCGGACUCGUGCUGUUGAAUCAUUAGCUGCCCUCGAGCGGGACGCCAACAAGCGUCCUCUCGGAUGGUUAUGUGAUAGAUGUGGAGCAUUCAUGGAAACGGAGUGGUGGACGUGUUCAAAUUGCGGCUUGAUGAAGCGUGCAUCUUGAUUGACAUAGCAUUUUGAGCAUGGGUGUUUGGCGCAAAGAAGGUGUUUCCAUUGUUUUGAUAUCCGCAAAUUCCCAUGAAUUAUGACCUUUUACGAGGUAUGAUUGUCAUAGUAUAAAG